AUGGAGAAUCAAAUGACGAAGGGAACGGUAAUAAUUAAUUAUUUUUUCGUUAUAUAGCUUUUUCUUUCGAGGGCUACACCUCUUUUACUGUCACUUAAAUUUUUUUUAUGAUCCCCUUGAGGUAUUCGAGAAAGUCGCAGACAAAUAAUCGGCUGCUGAGUAAGCCUCAGUUUCAUAGAAUCGUUUAAGCCGCGCUCAGUUAACAGCGUGUUAUACUACAGAGGCUAUAAUCGAAGCAACCUUUUUACUAGCACCCUGAAAAACUAUCUUAAAAGUCGGGAUCAUUUAUGGAACGGGUACAGUUUCCAGCGAUGUAAAUUAUUUUUGAUUAUCACAGCAGGACAGUUUCAAAUCCCCUUGCCUCAAAUCCUUGGGAAAGGUGGUGGCAUAAUUAAUGUAAGAGGAUGAUGCAUGUCAGGUCGAUGAUAUUUUUUCCGCUACAUCAAUGUCGGUAAAAAAAAGGUUACAAUGCUGUAAAAACAACUUUGUUUUUAGCCUGAGUAAACAGCUGACAUUUCACGACGCCAUCACUGGUUUCCCCUCGAAAUAACGUCUCAGAAACGAACGCAGAAAUUCCAUACCAAUGAUGCGUCACUACCCAGAUCUGGGUAAUACUUCUGAUUGGUUGAAGCAAAUUUUCAGCCAAUCAGACGCACUACCAGAUCUGGGCAGUGAUACGUCAUCAGUACGGAAUUUUUGCGCUCAUUUCUCGGAUGUCAUUUCGACGGCAUCGCCUAAUGUCAACUGUUUUCACAGGCUACUCUGUUUUCGGGUUUUGAUUUCACACAGGAAAUCAAGAAUGCUAAGCAACAGGUAGAGCAAGAGCAGACACAAACGAACGUGGAAAUGACUCUAUUAUCGCAAGAUGACGGUGACGUGAACAGAGAGGACGCGCCGGUGACCUAAAAAUUCGUUUCAUUUUAUUGAUAAGCAAGAUUACCCAACAUUUAGUCUUAACUUACCGUUUUUGAGACGGUGGUUAUUGGAAAAGAAACAAAACAAAUAAACAAACAAACAUAACUCUGCCAUUUUGUUCAUAUAUUUAGAAAGAUAGCUACACUCUUAUGGAGGAAAUAAACAAAGCUGAUAACCUUUCUUUACAUUACACCUCUGUAGUUUCUGCAUAUUUUUAAAGCAAAGCGAGCCUCUGCAUAACAACUUUCAAAGGCCACAGCCGUCUAUUACUUAAUAUUCGAUCAGGAGCCAUAAUCGGGGUAGGAGAUCGUAACUGGAUACCUUCUCCAGUAAUGCGGUUUGUUCCAUCGAAAUAGCCAAAUGUGCACAUUUUUCGCGGGGCACCGCGCAAAGGAGAAACCAACAAAAUGGCGUCAGAAAUUACCUUUCGUAGGAAAUGAAUAAAUUCUAUUUCUGUCCUCUCCCCCUACUCUUAAUUUGAGGCAAGACCUCGAGGAUAACGUCUUUGACAACAACUUUGAAUAAAAGGACUGUAAAUGUAAUUCUGAUCAUGUUAAUCACCGUAGUUGGAGUGUUUUUGACAAAUCUUGUUACUAAGAGAUGUCGGAGAUGUUGUGCGAUGAGCAUCCCGUUCGGACGAAACAAAAAAAACUUGCAGGGAAAAGGAGGGCGGAAAGUUGACAACAACAACAAAUAAUUGUGUCUAAUUUUCCUCAAAUGUUUGUUUGAAUUCAUGAAAAAUACAGCUCCACCAGCUUCAAACAGCGUCUAAUGUAAUAAUUUUCCCAUUUAACUUGGCAGCUAGCGUGGCUCAGUGAUCUAGGCCGUGCAGAUGGUCCAGGUUCGACUGGUCUCCUACUCCCAUGGCUCCUGUAGUGAUAAACAGAUAUACUAUUUUCCAAUUCUUUUUACGUCUUCGUUAUUCAGCCGUGCAAUUUAUUGACUACAAAAUAAUCUACUGAUGUUUAUAAGCAAACAUUUUUUCUCAAUUUUCAUGUCCAUUUGACCCAUCUCAGACUACAAAACAGUCGUCAAAGGCACGAACUCGCGGCGUAAGAUUCUCUCGAGAAGCGAGCCUCACACGGCUGAGAGGCGUCCAUUCAGACCUUUCGUUUAGCCGCACCCCGCGUUUCCCUGAUCUACACAAAAAUACGGGUUGUUUUCCAUUCUAGACCCUUCUUGAUAUGUUUUACACUAUUUGUGCAUUUAGGAUAAGGGACUGAAAGAGUCCACAAAAGAACAGUUGAACAUGACAAACAACCCACCCGUUGAAAGUCAGCACACUGUCUCGAAGCCGCCUUCAAGUGAAAGUCUCGAGGAGGAUCCACAUGACGAGGAGGAAAGCUUUUCUACUCAACAGCUCUUUAAAUUUUCAUGGCAAAUAGCGAGGGGAAUGGUAGCUACUGUAUUUGUUUACAUUUUAUCAUAUCCAACUUAAAAAUGGACACUGAUUUCAAAGGCGAACUGCAUGGGGCAAAUUGAGAAAGUACAAUUUCUUUACCGAAAUCUACCUACCAUUAAGAAAAGUACCAGGAUUUCCGACAAAACCACUUUUGAGCGCAAAACAGCCAAAUCCGGCCAUAAAAUGCCGUAAAAUUAAAUCGGGUGAAAAAAUCGGCAAAAGACGAGUUUUAGGAAAUGAGUUUUUCCUGGAGUCUUGGUAUCUUGAAAGCAAUCGCACGAUCUGCCAACACUCUGUUUUACGCCCAUUUCGGUUCCUUGAGCUCUUGGUUUUCUUCCAGAAUAGCCUACCCUCUUUCCACAUUUUUACACAUUCACAUAUAUUCCCUUGAUGUACCCUCGUGGCAUGAAGCCGACUUAAUUCGAAAACCUCGAUCGAAAAUAAAGACAUGAUUCAAGUACCUAAGCGUGACUUUUAAAACACUGAAAAUACUAGUGGACCAGAAACCGCGAUUGUACGAUGGACAACAACUUAAGAGGACUGAGAAACAACUCAACCAUCGUCAUACAAAACAUUAUGGGAAAAUUGCAGAUCAGACGUCAGACUUUUCGUGUUAAAAGUUAUUGGCGCAUUAAAGUUAUUGGCGCACUAACUGCUGCUGUCGUGCCGAAUAAUGUUGUCCAAUAACGCUUAAAUGUACGGUAUAUCGAUUUUUAAGGAUAAUGACCCAAAAACCAAGAAGUGAGUUGAAAAAUUAGGAUCUCAGGAUUAGUUCUAUGACAGACUUUAAAGUGUUUGGAUACAACACCAGUUUAGUUUUCUUCAGCUGCCUGUACUCAACUGUACUAAAUAACUAAAAUGUGAUUGAUUCUGUGAUAAAAGUUUGUAUAGUCACGAUCUCUGGAUGACCAUUUCUCAUCCAGCUACAGUCCUUGCCUCUCAAUUUCCCUUCAGUUACCGCUGAAUGGCAUGGGUUGUUAUUUGCAGUACGUCCAGAUAGGCCUUAUUAGGCUGAUUUAGCAACAGAACAGGAACGUCUGUUGACAACUGCGCGGGCAAAUCAAACAACUGGAUUGACCAAUGGCAGAGCGACAAAUUGGGUACCGGAAGUCGAGUUUAGUCCUUUCCGCGCGCUUACCCGUCGUCAAAUGAGGUUCCCGUUCCUUUGCUAAAUCAGCUUAUUAUUGCGCCAGGGCCCAUGCGUUUCGGGUCAAGCGGUCCGAAAGAGUUUUUCUCGGAUACGUCACCGAAAUGUUUUGCGUGACCAAGAUAGGACUGGAAAGACACGGUUCAGGGAUUAGGCAAAUGUUGUAUUUUCUAAAUAAAAACAUGACCACCGGGGAGCUUAUUUGAAAGAAUCUGACUCGUCCCCAGUCGUCUCUCUCUCUUUCUCCUUAGUGGCGCGAUGGGUGAGAUUGGAAGGGGGAAAGCGAGUGAGAGAGUCUUCCUCCCUUUUCCCUUCCCAUCACCCCCUGCUUUCGACGCGCGCGUUAGGCAAAGACGACUGGGGACGAGUCAGUGAAAGAAUUACAAAUCGGUUUGUUUUUAAUUGUCUACGACAGAUAUCAGUUGAUGACAGACUGCUGGAAGGAAGAACCAAAAGCUCGACCCAGUUUCUACCAGCUGAUAGAAAAACUGGAGAUCAUCAUGCAGAAGGAUGCACCAUAUUUGGAUGUCAACAAGCAUAAUGAAGCUCAUCCAUAUUAUAACGUGCCUCCACAUCUGGAGUAA